AUGAACCCACAACAACAAAACUAUAAACGAUCAACUUCUUCUAGUGAUACUACAACUAGCGAUACAGAUUUUGUGAUUUAUAUAUUGCGCUGUGUUUUCAAAUUUUUACCUAGUAACCCCAACUUUUGUACAAAUUAUAUCGAUAUUCAACAAGAAGAAUAUUUCCAAAGUUGUAGAAAAUCCAUACUUUACUACGCACUAACCCAUGAUAUAAAUCCAAUGAUCGAUAACAUCGAAGGUACAUUGUUAAAGAUAUUAUGUAAGUUUAACGAGUUCCCCAAAUUCAGCACUAGUAAGAGAAGUAGUUUCCCCAUUAAAUCUAAUGGCAUUUGUAACUAUUUACUAAUUUUUCUUAAACUAUUAUGCGAUAUUUGCGAGGUUAACUGGGUUUAUAAUAAUAACAAUAAUAAAGAUAUUCCUAUUGCUGAAAAAAAAAUUCAUUUAGACCGAGACGCCUAUUUCUAUUUAAACACUGGCGAUAAUAUAGACAAGGCUCAUUAUCAUAACAAAGAGCCUCCUAUCCCAUUAAAACCUCAUAUUGCCAACUCUCUAAUAUCAUUUUUGGUUUUAAUCAAGUCUAUCGACAAAGUUCAAUUUACUAUUGACAGAAUAAAAUAUUGCGAUAAAUUGUCAUUUGUCAAUCCAAGUGCCAACCAAAGCAACUUGGAUACCAGCGAGAGUACUGACAACUUGAAUUUGAAUAGCAAUGUUAGCACAGAUUUAAGAGAUCAAAUUGAUAUUUACUGCGAGUAUUUACUACGGUACGUUGCUGCUUCUAAUCCAGUUGAAUAUAAGAAAUUUUUGUCUGAAAAUGUUAUAAUUCCUAUUUUGGAUUGUAAAGAAAUAAAUGUAGCCCCAACCACUGGGAUACCUUUAUCUUUAAUUUAUAAUUUGGAAUAUUUAUCUUUUUAUUUUGUUACAAAUAAAAAUAUAGCCAUUUUUCUAAGAUUAGUUAACAGAUUAUUAAGUUCGUUCAAAAGACAAAUUUGUAAAAAAAUUUUGCUUUUAUUUGUUUCACAUUCUUUGAAAAUGUGGAUACUAACUAGGGCUGAGCAAUAUGUGGAGAUUGUCAAUUUGAUUAAUAGUCAUAAUAAUGGUGAGGAUGGUAGUAACCAUAAUGUUUUUGGUACUGAUACUAGUACAAGCGGCAGUGGCCACGGUAGCCAUAAUGAAGAUAAUCAUGAUAAGUAUUUGCCUACAGGUAGUCAACUAAAAAAGGAAAUUUCCAACAUAUUUUCAUUAGUCUUUAAUUCUUUUAAUAUUAGUAGUUUGUUAACAGAAAAAGAAAAAAUAACUUCUGUGUUUCCAUUAGAAACGCUAUCUUCCCCUUCAGAAAUUAUUGCUAAUAGUGCUAGCACUCUUAGAAAUAAUAUUAAUAUUAAUAAUAAUACUCCAUUACAUAUGUCCAAUACUAGCACAAGCACCAUUUCUAAUAGUAAUGUUAGAAAUGUAGCAUCAUCAACUCCAGUGAACAAGGAUGUUGAUAUUACUAAUACACUUAACAAGACUGGUAGCAAUAAUAACACAUAUUUGAAUUCACCAUCAACGGAUAUUGAAACACCCGUCCCAUCUAUUUCAUCUGCGUCUUUGCUGUCAGCGUCUAUCGAUAACAAUAGCAAUAACACUUAUUUUAUAAGGAAACAAUCACCAUCCUUGGGAUCCACACCAGCAAAACCAUCCAGAAACACGCCACCACCGGUGUCUUACGCUUCUACGCAAUUUUAUGCAUCAUCGUCAUCGUCAUCAUCGUCAGCCAUUCCUUCAGUCACCAACACGACAAACCACCAAUUGUUUGAUUCAUUGGAUAAAUACUUUGAAUCAUCUAACGCAGACUCCUUAAUGCUUUCGUCCUCCAAUUUUGGUUUUGUACCAUUAUAUGACCCACUGGAGAAUCCAGGUGAUAUUGGCAUUUUAAGAAUGCUAAUAGUUUUAAGUUCUUUGGAUGUGGAAUGCUUGAAAGAUAUCAAUUCAUCCAAUUACAAAGGAUUACCUGAUUUUGCAAUUGCUUUAACUCCGGUUUCGUCACCAACUUAUUCAAGCUCGAGCUCUUCCUCGUUGAUCGCUACCACAGCUGCCUAUUCCCCAGAGGUCUCCUCAACUAACAAUAAUAAUGCCAUUUUAGGAGCCAAUACAUCUUCUCCACCGCCAUUACCCCAGGCAUCAACCGUUGGAAAUGGACAUCAUUUACAUCAACCCACUGUUUCUAAGUUACAAAAUUUAAAAAAAAUAACAACAAAUUUGAUACCUGGUACGAAUAGCAAAGAAGUAAAAUUCUGGAAUUUACUUUUGAAAAUUUUUUCCAAUGGUCACGCUGUACCAGAUGGGUCGUUACUAUACAUUUUAAAAUCAUUACUAUUUUGCGUGGAACUCGGUGCUGCUGUUGCAACUGUUGAUAGAAAUGCGCAAAUAGUUUUAUUAUCUAAAAGAUUUUUUGAAAUGUAUUACUACUUAUUGGAUUUUGUUCACUAUGAAAAUAAUACAUCAGCCAAUAGUUAUUUCCUUAAAUACUAUAAACAUCUAAAAGAUGUUGCAGAAAAAAAUCCUGUUAGCAUUGCUAAAAUGAAAAUUGAAUUUGUCUUUUCUGCUUGCCUCCUAGAGCCCGAUGAUUUUUCGGUUGUUUUAAAAGAAGCACUCGCCAAUAUUGUUAGAAAUAUCACAUCAUUGCCACAUGUUAAAAAUUUGGAGUGUUAUAUGGACGGUUUGAGGAUUUUUUUUAAACUACCGUUUCCUACGUCAGCUAAAGUGUCAAUAUUUAGGGCACUAGUCAGACCGUUAAAGGGUUUAUCAUACACUUUAUCAACAAACUUAUUGAAUAGUUUGCCCUUUUUCUGCGCCAAUGUUUCUGAUGUGGUAGAUGAUAUUUUAGAAGGUAAAUAUAAAGUUGAUGCACUAGAUUCUUCUAAUAGGUUGGAUUGCUAUUUUGGCAACCCUCUAACUAGGACAAACAAUAUUUUCAGAGGUGAUAAUGAUUACAUGAAGGCAUUGGAAGAAGAACUAUCAUCUUCAUACUCAUCAUCGAAUGCAAAGAAAAAGACGCAAAAGAAGGGCACCAGCACGAUGAUCACCCAAUCCAAAUUGCCCCUCGAACGUGAGCUACAGGCUUCCUACAAUUCCAUUUUGUGUAAUAUCAGUGAUAUUAUGAAGAGAGCCAUUAUCAGUUUUGGUGAAUUAACUUUCCCGCCGGGCAAAGCUUUGAAUUAUAAAUUUGUUUUAAAACAUGUCUUUGUUGGGUUGGUAUCUAAUAAUGAUAAACUAACUAGAGAAACAAUUUCAUGUUGUAUGUUAAGCAUUACAUAUUUCAAACUAGAUGCCAGCACACCAAUGUUUAGUACGAUGUACACUUUAAUUAGUUAUAUUAUAGUCACUUUGUCCUUUGCUGUUUUCAAUUUGGAAUUGCCAGUAGAGAUCAGAACACUAUUGUUAAAUUUAAUCCACAUGUGUUUAGAAGUUAGAGCCACGAUGAAUGAAAAUUUGUACCAGUACAAUAAAUUUUCCACAUUGGAUGAGGAAGAUCGGGAAAUUUUUAAAUUAAUUUACUCAUCACUCGGCCGUUCUUUACUGGUGUCAUUAUGUUUACAUGAUGUGAAAUCGCAUAGCUUAUUACGUCAAACUUUUGAAUCUUUUAAGAAGGAAUUAAGUUAUUGUUUGAAAGCUUUUAAUUUAACUUGGGAUAACUUACCGCCCUGUAAUUAUUCAUUUGUAGAGGCUGUUUGCAACAGUAAUUACAUUUCUACUGGACCCAUUGCUUUUCAAAGACAUAUCAGAGCUGAUAUUUUGAAAUGUGUUAAGGAACCAAACAAGAUGCUUUUUGAUGCUGUAGAAAUCGUGUUUGACAGAUGGUUCCAAAUGUCCACAUUAGGUCUAGAGAAUUUGCCAAAUCAAGAGUUGAACAAUUAUAGAAAUUAUGCUGGCUUGUUAGCCACUACUUUUGGUGUCUUCAAUUUUUACAAUGAAGAUUAUAGACAUGGACUCAUGUAUUUAAAAAAAUAUAAAAGUAUAAUUUUACAAAAAAGCAAUUUUUUCAUUGAGAAACAAUGUGGGUGGUUAAACAGCAGUGAUUUAUUGACUAGGGAGAACUCCAAAGAUUUGUUGGGUAUAGAAUUGAAUCCGAAUUGUUUUGGGAUGCUAUUUAAACAUUUAAACAGUGAAUUGGAAAAAAUAACUGGAAACAUUAACACUAACAAUGAUGUCAUCAGUUCGACUGAUUUCACCUUUUUAGAACAAAUUACCUCUGUCAUGAGAUCGAUUAUGGAAAGAGAUGAUAUCGAGGUAAUUAUUUUGAGUACCAAAAUUAUUUUUGAUAUUAUUGAUAAAAUUUUAGGGAUUAUCCAAAUGUUGAAAGCAGAUAUGGUUAGUUAUUAUAAAUCUAUAAUAUAUGUCUCUAAACUAUUUGUUUCGAUGAGGCAUGCUGAGAAGUUUUUAUGUGUUACUGGAGACCAUUUAUUGAAAAACCAAUGGAUUAAAUUUGUAUUAACUUGGUUCGAAGAGGCUGUUUUUAAGAAUAUGGAUUACGAAAACUUGAGCAAGUCGCAUAGAGAAAUGGAUUUAGUUAAAAGAGAUAACGACUACUUGUACUUGGACACCUCCAUUGAUUGUGCAAAGGCUUUAUCAUAUUUAACCACCAAUGUCAUUUUAGAGGUUUCACAAGCUGUUAACGAAGAAGAAUUGAAGAGAUCUAAAUCAGUAAUAUUUGGCAACUAUUUUAAUAUAUUUUUGAGAGCUUUGGAGAAAAAUGCAGACUAUGAAAGCAUUCCUUUUGUUUUAAGGCAUAAGAUUACUCUGUUGAAUGAAAAUAUUAUUAGUUGCCUAACUAAUUUAUUAAAUGCUAAUUCUGAUGUUGGCUUAGAUAAUGCUAUUCCAAUAGGCUAUUCUUCGAACAAGACAAUGAGGAUAACAUUCUUAAAACUUUUCACUGAAAUUACUAGGAAUUAUGGCGAUCGUAAGUCGCACUCUGGUACACUACAAAAAAGUAACGCAGAAAAACUAUUGAGGGGGUUUAUCGAAUAUCCACAAUGCAUUUGUUUGAUUUCACACUGCUGCCCAGUCAAUGAUAUUGAAUCUUUGGCGUCUUCUUUGGUUAAUUUGUUUCAAUCUAAGAAUUUAACUCAUGUAGUUAUUGCACAACUAAUCGAAGAUGAAAUCACCAGGUCUAAUAGGUAUAUGGACGUUUUAAGGAGAAAUAGCGCGGCCACAAGAUCUUUAGCGAUGUUCUCCAGGUUGAAAGGUGCAGAUUAUUUAAAGAGUACAAUUAAACCCAUUUUAGACGAAAUUAUCCUGCGAAAUGAAAAUUUCGAGGUGGAAAAAGCUGCAUCUAAUGAAGAAAGUGAAGAAUUGAACUUGAAAUUAUUGGAGAAAUACAUGAGCAUGUUGACAGGCCACAUCUGCCUGUCUAUUAAUAUAAUUCCACCUGAAUUCAUAUAUAUUGCGCAAAAGAUUCGGGCUUCUGUUCAAAAAAAAUUUCCAGGCUAUGAAUUGGUGGCGGUAGGGUCCUUUUUAUUUUUAAGAUUCUUUUGUCCAGCUUUGGUCAGUCCGGAUAGCGAAAAUUUGAUCACACAGAUGAAUUCAGAGAAUCGUAGAUGCUUUCUUAUGUUGGCUAAAAUUGUACAGAACAUUGCUAAUCAAUCGCUCUCUGCCAUCAAAUGGCCUAUGAUCCAGAAACGAAUGGAUUUCUUGAAAAAAUGCAGCGAGAAAAUUUUUAACUUUUUGGAUCAGGUAUCAGAUUUGAAUUUAAAAGUGAGUAUUAGAGUCAACCCAGAUGCGCCAAUGACCAAUUUUGACAUUGAUACCUUUCAUAAGAUACUUUAUUACAACAGGUUACGAAUUAGAGAGAUGAUGAUUAAAGAUAUCAAAAGUAACGAGGAUUUAAGAGAGUCUAUUAAAUUCAUCAAAUUCAUUGACAGCUCGUUGGUCGCUCUAGGCCAACCCAGAUUAGAUUUUAAGAACGAAAUUCCAAAGUACGUGAGAGAUAGAAUUGACACGUAUCCGCAAUUAUAUGAAUUUAUGAGCAGACAUUCAUUGAAGAGUCAUGUUAUCAAUGAACGAUUACUAUUUGUACACGAGGCCGCUGGUAGCGAUGGUAUGCCUGUUUUUGUAUUGACUUUAAAGUAUUUGCUAGAUGAAAGUUGGGAUGUUGAAAAAGUUGUUUACAGGAUGAUUCAAGUUUCAUGUAAAGUUUGGACGAGGAAAUAUGCGUAUUUGGUUGAUGGCACCGGCUACCAUUCGAACCUGAAUGAAAGAUUAAACAAGAUUUUUACAUUGUUUAACAACUUGUUAACUAAAGAUGCAUAUCAAAACUGUUUUGAAAUAUAUUACUACAAUAUCAAUUCUGAUUUUAUGAAGUUUUGGGUUCCAUUUUUAAAGAACUUAUUUAAUUCUUCCUUUUUUGAGUUGGAAAUUCAAAAACAAUUAUUUUUGAAUAGCGAUUGUAGUCCAUCGACUGUGAAGAAGUUGGGUUUAAGUGAUUAUUCUAAAGAAGUAUACAACGAUGUGAGAGUUACUCUUCAUAACACAUCAUUUUACGAAAGGAAGAAGGGUAGAUUUGUUCCCAUUACGUUAAAGAUUGGUAAUAAACAUUUCCAAAUUAUCAAAGAAACACCUACUAGGCUGAAAUUUAGGGAUGCUGAUGAAGUUUAUGAGUUUUAUGAGACGGACGUUUAUGAGGUUUCUGACGUAGUCUCUGCUGCAAUGUCGUCUACUACAGGUGUUCCAUUUGAAUUUAGAGUUUUCUUAAGUCAAAGUGAACCAUUGGUCAUGAGUACACAGAAACAUUUUGAAAUUUUGAAGAUUUUCUAUUACACACAGGCUAAAUUGGAUGAAGAUUACAGGAAUGGUACUGCAGAUGAUAACUAUCUGAUUUCUAACAGACAACCUGAAGACAAGGCAAUCGAAUUGGAUUUGUUAAGCCGUUUGAUUUUGGUUAUGCAGGCGGGCCUUUCGAGUGAUGAUGAUGAAGUUAAGGGUAUUGCUUACAAUUUGCUAGCAGCGUUGCAAUCAUCCUUUAAUUUCAAUUUGGGUGAAAAAUUUAGUCAAGUGGAGGAAAUUUAUUUGCCUGAAGAUAAUAGUAGGUUUUGUGAGAUGAUUUUGGAGAGUUUAUCGAUUUCCAAGCCAUCUUUAACUUUUUAUUUGUGGAAACAUAUUUUGGAGGAUAUAAGUACAGUUUUGUCUGAUUCUCAGAUACUGAGCUGUAUACACAGUUUGGCACCAUGGGUGAAAAACAUCAGUACUUAUGUUUAUGAAAUUGAUGAUGAACAUGGACCUGAAAACGCUGCUAGUUUAAUUCGUUUGUUGAUUAAAGUGACUGUUUCCAAGCCAAAGUUUUUCCAAACAUUCAAAUAUUUUAUUUGGGCCGAAUUAGUGUUGGACAACAAUUUACUACCUUUAGUUAUAGAUGAAAUUGUUAGCCAUGCGAUUGACAGAGAAUCAGAAGGAGUGGAGUGGAAGGACGCGACAUCAAUUGUUACACGUACUAGUACUACUGAAAUCGGUGGAUUAGUCAUUAAGCGUAUUAUGAAGAUAAUUAAGAGCAUUUUGUCAAAUCCUAAUUUGAACAAUAGCAUCAACAAUUGGUCUGAAUUAUAUAUUUUGAUCCAUAUAAUCCAGGAAAUAUCUUUCAAUUCUAUUUUGAGUGCAGAAAUGUUUUUACCAGAACUUUUGUAUAUUGUUUGUAUGCUAGUGGAUCUUGGACCUUCAAAACUACGUAUUGCUUCACACAGGUUGUUUAUUAAUGUCUGCAAUUCAUUUUUGAUGAAUGAUGCGUUAGAGCUUUCCAAAUUGAAAAAGUUGAAAAAAAUUAUAGAAUUAUUAUCUAAUCAAAAAACCAAGUUUAUGUUUGGUUUUAACCAAGAAAGAAACUCAUACAUCAGUUCAUUUAAUGCUUCUACAUUUUUGGCCAAAUUUAGGUCCUUGGAACAAUUGACGGAAUAUGUGAUGGCGUUGCUUCACGAAUGCAACAGCAACAAACAAAACUGCAUUCAAUGGCAAGGUAGGUUUAAUAAAUACAUAUUGGACACCGUGUUUAACUAUGGGUCAUUUUUAUCUGCUAGAUCAUUAAUAAUAUUGAGUCUUUUGUCCAGAAAUGGGCUUUCUGAUGAUUUGCUGAAAAGCGUGUUGAUAGAAUCAAUGAAGGUUAUUGGAUGUCCUGAAUUGACAGAUGAAUUGAUGUUUUGCAUUUUAUCACAUGUUUUUUCAUACAGUAAUUUUGUAUAUGGCAUUAAGGAUAAUACAGUUUUACUAGCGCAAGUUACUUGGCUAUCAACUACUUUUACUAUUUCUACAAAUAUUACUUUAUUUCACGGGGCAAUUGUCUCUGUCCGUGAGUCUUUGAAAAGGAUAUCCAAUAUUAUUGAUAAUGAGAAGGAGUCACCGUUAUCUAUUUUGUUCGCGGUUAGAGCAGGCGAAUUUGGUAGAAUUUUAAACAAUAUUGAAAAGUUGGUUGGAAUCACUUGCACAAUUGAUAAUUUUUUAAUAUUCAUUACUUAUUAUAGUACCAAGGGGUUACUUGUUUCACAUACAAAGGCAACAUCGUUAGAAGGGUUGAAAGCUUACGUGGAUAUUUUUAUCAAAAACAAGUAUCACAAGACAAGAAAAGACUAUGCUAUUUAUUUAUAUUUACUAUGGCUAUGCUCAAGUGACAAGGAUUUUGACCAAUUUUGUGAGGAACGUGAUUUGAAGUUUAAUAAAGUAUUGUUGGAUGAUCAAGUUACUAUUCCAGACGUUUUAUCAAAGUGGAUAAUUACUAAUGAUCAAUUGAAAAACAUCACUUUGUAUCAAUCCUCCAUAUACGUUUCUUCUUCCUCCGUUGACGAGUCUGUUAAAAUGAAGGCAUUCUGUAUUUCAGAAUAUUUGAUUAAGAAAAACCCACACGUUUUUUUCAAAUAUAUGAACAACAUUAUUAGCGAGUCCAGAAAUACAGCUUCUCAGGGUGUAGUGUUUAACUUGGUUCGUAAAGCGUUUGAUAUUUCUAAUAUAUCGAUCCUACACUCGGAAUACAGAAAUAUCAUGAGAUACAAUAUCGAAUUGAAGACUUUGUUAGAAAAAUGGAGUAUACCCUCGAUCGUUAAUAUCCAUUUUUCAUCUACAUCAAGAUCUGUCACAUCCGGAUUAAAGGGCAACGAUGAAUUGAUUUAUAAUAGGAAGAAGUACACAGUAGAGUUAAUUGACGCCAUUUUAAAAACUUAA